AGUUGGCUAUGCAUAUUCAUGUCAUGAGGCCAGCAUCUCUCUCCAAUGAUUACAGGCGGUUAACGUCAACAACCCUCAUCGAAUAUUUACAAUACAGAAGUUACCACCAAUCCAAAGAAAGGAUAGGCGGGUGCUAGACAGGCCGCCGUGCCGCUUUGUGAACAACGACUCCCUUGGGCGGAGAGACAGUUUAUAAUCUUUGAUGAAAUUGACCAGAUACUAUAGCGGCCGCUCUAACAAUGAACAUAAUGUAAGACAGUUGGGAGGAGGCAAGAUCAGGUGGGACCAUUCUAGCCAAUGAGAGGGCAGAUACGCAGGACCACGACGGUUCCCACUAGUUACCACAGCCACAAAGUAGAAAAAUGACUCGUUAAAUUUCACGAAAACAAAAAUGAGUUUUGUGGUCUUAUAAGGUUAGGGUCAUGCAUAACGUUAGCAUUGUGUUUGAGGUUAGGUUUAAGAUCACAUUUUAAGAAAAUAAAUUGUAACAAUAGGUGGGGAUUAUGAUUUGUGUUUGUGGAAACUAGUGACGACCAGGCACAACUGCUUAUAUAGUGUUUUUUUCUCAGUUACCGGGAUGUCGAGGUAUGCUACCUAUAUCAGUACACUCGUAACAACCUAAUCAUCACGAAACUUAUAUUCGAUCAACUACGCCACACGUAUUAAAUAAGCCAUUACAUGUUUUGUUAACCAAAUUCGACAAUCUCAUUGACAAAUUGAUCUCCAUGCAAACUGGACCUCCAUGCAGUUAUCGCUCACGUUUCGCCUCUUCCUAUCUGGCAUAAAUAAACAUGUGAGCGUGGAGGUCCAGUUUGCGAAUUCAUCCUCGUGGCAAUAUUGAAAAAAAAACAAUAACUUACAAACAUAAUUUUUCUUUGCUGAUUGUAAUAAUUUUGGAAAGGAAUGGAUGGAUGGCAUAUGACCCACUGAAAGAAUAAACCAAGGACAUGGUUCCCGCCCACCAGCCUAAAGCAAGGGAGAGAGAAAGGAAAGGGGGAGAAUGGUGCAGAUCGCUUAGCAACGUGGACGCUUGGUGCUCAACCGGAUACGAGCACAGGACUUCAGUCGAAGAGCUGAAGGAUUUUACAACAUCAUCUAGCUAAAACAGUAUCUCAAAACUUGAGCGAUGGAGAGAAUAUGUCUUGACAAGACUGCAUCUAAGGCAGUGGACGACUUUCUGGAGUACAGGAGGAUCGUGGGUGAAGACGAUGGCGGCAGACUAUUCUCCCCAGAGGAAUAUGAAGAGUACAAGAGAACAGUGUUUCCCCAGAGACUACACAACAGGCUGUAUGUGAGCUUUGGAGUGCCAGGGGGAAUAGACUGUAAACUCAUCGGCCCAGAGACACCUUGCUUCUGCACACACAGGUACAAACAGCAUCAGACAGACUUUGAGGAGGUUCCUUCGGAGCGCCCGAUAGCACUACCAUGCCGGGUUCAAGGGUGUCGGUGUUUGGCCUUUCAGUACGUGCACCUGAAUGGGUCGCAGCCUGUACGCUGCAGGUGCAAACACUCUGCCUACGACCACAGUGAGACCUCAGAACACCUCUGUGGGAAAUGCUCAUCCUGCUCUGGGUUCCGGAGCCCCUACAGCUGUGGGUGUGGCCAGCCUAGCUCCGCCCACCAGACGCGGGUGGAGACGAAGGCAGAACGGGAGGCCCGCGGUCGUCCGGUGGGCAGAGACGUUCCAUACGCAGCCAUGGGGGGUCUGACAGGGUUCAGCUCCCUGGCUGACGGGUACCUGAGACUGGACGAUAGCGGGGCAGGUGCCCCUCACCUGUCUGUUCUGUCGUCUCAACAACCAAGAGCUUUCCAGGAGCAUGUGUUUGAGAAAGCCUCAGGACCAGCAGCAGCCUCAGGACCAGCAGCAGCCUCAGGACCUACAGAGGAGAGUUCAGUGACGUCCGUGACCAGGGCUCUGUCUGACAUCAGCACCAGAGAGGAAGAAGACAUGGCGUACUUGGAGAGACGCUACCAGGAGAGGAUGAAGGCUGAGAAAAUGGCAGUCAAACAGAAGGCAUCAUCAUCAAGAGGAAGACCAUCCACCAAACCAGCCAGCCUACCAUCCACCAAACCAACCACCUCCCUAUGCAGUGUUAGUGGAGGGUUGCUGGAUGUUGGUGGGUUGAGGUGCGGUGUGGUGGGAGGAUGGCACGGUUGCACCUGUGUCCUCCUGGUGUGGGACCGAAGAGGAAGCCAGUGGAAGAGAUCCUGUCUGAAAGCUGACACUUUGAUUUCAUUUGUGUGAUGUCAGGAAUAUCAGGCCACACACACACAGACACACAGACAGACAGACAGACAGAGUUGGUCGCAAAGUAGAAAUACAAGGAAAUCACCAGGUAAUUGUAUGUGUAGCAGAUGGGGAUGUGUGAAACUUGCUCCUCAGCCUGAAGUGUCCCUACUUGUGCCAGUGAAUAGCUAGCUUUUCGUGUGCCGCCGACUGUUAGGACGCUUCAGGAGAGCGGUCACUUGGCAGAGGUCCCGAGUUUGCUCCAGGUAUGGGCCGAAUCGGGAGGAAGUGGUACUCGCAAAGCAAGCAGUAAUGACGUCCUUUACAUAUGCUUUUUUC